GUCAGAUUGAAAAGCGUGUCACAAUUUCAAGAGUGACUUCCCCUUUCCCGCGUUCAUCGCAAUGAUCAUUAAUUGCAUAGAAUUGGGAGAGGGCCGAAACUUCAUUAUCACGACAAAAUGUCAGAAACACCAGAAUCAAGUGGAAAGGCAGAUGCCGAAGACACUGGUGUAUCCAUGGUUGAAAUUCUAGAGGAAGAAGAACGACUUGAGGCGGAUGCCAACGCCGUUCUAGGAGAUAGCGAUGAUAAAAAUUGCACUUAUCCGAGGGGCUACAUUAAUCGUCAGGCAUUGUAUUCCUGCAGCACAUGUAAAGCAGAAGGGGCGGAGCCUGCUGGAGUGUGUCUUGCAUGUAGUUACGAAUGUCACGAAGGGCAUGACCUCAUUGAGCUUUAUACCAAGAGAUUUUUCCGCUGUGAUUGUGGAAAUUCAAGAUUUCCCAACUUAAAGUGCAAACUGUAUCCUGAUAAAGAUGCUGUUAACCCAUCCAAUAAGUACAACCAUAACUUCAGCGGCUUGUACUGCAUUUGUAGUCGACCCUAUCCUGACCCUGACGAUGAGGUUGACGAUGAGAUGAUCCAGUGUGUGGUAUGUGAGGACUGGCACCACGGACGGCAUCUGGGCACAGUAGUUCCUGACAACCAGGAGUACAGCGAGGUGGUGUGCUCGGAUUGUAUGAAGAGACAUGACUUCCUCUGGGCUUACACACUAACGUCUCAAGCCACUGUAUUGAAGAAGGAGGAAAGGUACACUGAAGUUGAUGUGGUGGCCAGUGAUAGUUCCGACCAGGCUAGUUACAGCAUGAGCGCUGGCACCAGCAGCCUUGACGCAAGCGCAUCCAACGUCAGCUUGGGCAACCUCUCAGGCAACAGCGACGACCCUGACUGGUCCAGUAAUGACCCGAGGUUUGAGGCACUUGUUAAGAAGUAUCCACCACGGUCCCAAGUUGCUACAACCUCAGACGGGCGACAACAGCCGUCUGUAGACACCUGUCUUCUGAAGGAUCUUAAGUCUCGCAAGUAUGAAGUGAAAGAAGAAGCCAUCUUCUUGCCAGAAGGGUGGAGGAAGAAACUCUGUCAGUGUGUGGAAUGCAUGACCAUGUACAAGGACAAAGGGAUCCUGUUUCUGACUGACGACCAUGACACCGUACAGUCCUAUGAGGAGCGUGGACGUCAGAACCAGGUGCCAGUGUCGCAGCACGACAAGGAAGUCAGUGCUCUGUCCCAGAUGAACCGGAUACAGCAGGUGGAGCUACUCCAAGGUUUCAAUGAUAUGAAGUCCCAGCUCAGUGAUUACCUGAAGAAGUUUGCUGAAAAUGGAAAGGUUGUGAGAGAGGAAGACAUCAAGGAGUUCUUCUCCAAUAUGCAAGCGAGGAAGAGGCAGAAAACAGAGGAGGGCUUUCAGUACAAUUGUAAAUAAAGACCAACUUCACAAUCUAAAUUCUACUGAAAGUCAAGAUGACCAUGUGAUGACCAUUGGCUAAGACCAUUGAACAAAGAGACAUGUAUACAGUGUUUGGCCCGGAGACAUUGAAGGUGCAUUGGACCAUGUUGUACUCAGUUGGGAUUUUAUGUCAGACUCAGUUUGCUCCUUAUACAGAUUUGUUUUAAGAUUUGCUCACUCAUAAGAUGCCCCCAUAGGGUUUCCUAAAAAAACCUUUUAUUUUACCUACACAAAAUUAAGAUUUUACUAUGAAUUCUGUUUUGAGUUUUACAUCUAAAGGAGAUGAUAAUUCAUGAUUCAUUUGGAUGAAAUUCUAUUACUUUACAGUGUUUAUCUCAGUAUUUUACCCAUGCCCUAAAUAUGAGACUUCUAGUGACGGAGUGUUACCCUUUGGAAUAUCCAUUUUUGAAACAAACACAGUGCUUCCUUAGUCUGGAAACCUGUUCCCUCUGACAUUGUUAUCUGAAACUGAAACCAGACUUCACUCUGACAUAAUAAGAGAUCUGAUAAGAGGGCAUAUUAUGAUGUUUUUUUUAAUUUUUAUCUUUAAUUUUUUAUAUUUAUUAUAUUGACACAGCUGGCCAAAUUAUAAAUUUGUUGCCUGCAUCAGUUACAAAAAUAUCUCACAAGGUAUAUGUAAAAUUAUUAUUAAGUAUAUAUUUAGCAAUACCAUAAGUUUUAGUUUAUGUGCAUAUGUUAAUUAUUUUAUCAAUUUGUACACAAUGCACCAUCUCUCUUGUAAUCUAAUAAUAUAUGUCGCCUAUGUUUUCAUUUGAAUGUUUGCAUUGCUGCAAGUUGUUGAGCAUUUUAUCGUUACAGUUUCCUCCAACAGAUGUUAUUGCUGCUGUUUUUUUAGAGUUGGCAAUUAGCAAGACUGGUUCUGAUUGUUCCUGUUUUUGGAGCUGUUCACUAUUAUUCAAAUUGUUUGUUCUAAUGAAGCCUAAGAUUUUAUGUUUGUUUUUCUGGAUCCAAACUUUGAAUGAUAAUACCCCAAAACCAUUCAGAUUUAGUCAUUCAUGUGAUAUUUUUUUAAUUCAUUAAAUCAAAAGAAAAAAAAUACUUUGCAAAAUAAUAAAAAAAUUGAAAAUCAUUUACUGAGGCAUUCCAAGAACAAUUGAAUGUAUUGUAUUUCAGAUUGAUCUGUGACUCAAUGAUCAAUGCGAAAGCAAAAAUAAAUUUUGCGUGUGUUUACUAGUUUUUUUACGAUGAAAAGGUUCUUAACAUAUAUUUUAGUUUCUUUCACAUUUUAACAAUAUUUACAGUAUGCUUUUCUUUAUAGAAACAAACUGAAUUGGCCAGUCCUGAGAGUAUAUUCAAAAUUCUGACAUUAAAAAAAUUACAUUCAUUUUACAUAUUAUGUGAAAUAUUAAGGCGUAAGUUACUUCACUGCAUUUAUGAGAAGUUACCGCUUCAGUCCAAUAUUUGUCAAAUCUACAUGUGUAAAUUAUCAACAUGAAAUAUAUUCUACAUGAAGCAAAUGUUGCAAACGAUUAACAGUUGCUGGAGAUGUUAUCUGUGACCCUGUCUCAAUUUCUUUACUGGCUGUUCAGUGUCAACAUUCCGUCCUACUGCUGUCGAUUCCCCUCUGUAUUAAACAAGCAAUCUGUCAUUUAAAACUUUUCUCCCCUCCCCUCCCCUCCCCUCCCUCAUACAGAUUUGGGGGCGGUCGGGAAGGCUAGUGGUUAAAGCGUUAGCUUGUCACACCGAAGACCCAGGUUCAAUUCCCGACAUGGGUACAAUGUGUGAAGCCCAUUUCUGGUGUCCCCUGCAGUGAUAUUGCUGGAAUAUUGCUAAAAGUGGCCUAAAUACAUACUCACUCAUUCAUACAGAUUUGAUAUGAUCUUAUCUUUUGCAGAAUCGAUUAUUGUGACCCUUGAAUUUUGGACUGGACUGUACAUGACUUCAAUGUUGCUAAAUGUUUCAUGAAACAUAUUCAUUUAAUAUUGUUUGUUAUUUGAAUAAUAAUUGUCCUAAUUGUGACUGUCCCAGUGAGUACUGUGUUGGGGUGAAGUGUAGUGGAGCUUUAAGGGUGAAUGUGGACAAUAAGUGAUAAUUUCCGUCAUGUUUGAGUCCUGUCAAACUGAUGGAGUUGAUGUUUUUUUAAUGAUUGACCUUUUUACUGUUACUAUAACACCUUGUACAGAUGUUGGGUGUUUUUAUGUUCAGUGAUGGUGCAAGUGACACAUAAAUAAAAUUUACAGUUA